AUGCUGAACAGGGGGGAUUACCUAAUUUCCCUUUUUGACAUAGUUGAAGGAUUCAACAAUUACUGUACAUUGUACAAGAGGAAACAUUGCAGCAGUUUUAUUUUUUCUAGUAAGGUGCUCACGAAAAAUGAGAGAAGUAAGGAUACCCAAGAUUUUAGAAAGGCCUUUAGCGGCUUUGUAAGCAAAAUAGAAUUUUUACAUUUUCACAUUGUGGAGAAGGGCAGCCCGUAUGAGAAUGUCCAAAGUGCAUGUGUGGGACGGGGUAACUCCAAAAGUGAGGAGCCUCCAGGGGAAAUGCGUCGUAAGGAGAAAAAUGAUCGUUGCGAUGAGCAAGCCAAAAAUGGAUUCUUCCAAAAUGGACUCCCCUCAAAUGAAUCUGCCCAGAUUGAUACACACUUGAGCAGCGAAGUGAAGGAGCACAAUGGGGGUGAAAACCAAUUAGACGAAAGUCCAGAAGCGGGGAAGGAUGACGACACGGAGAAGACAAAUGAUGAGGAUCAUAAAAAAAUUUCAGAUCAGACAAACUGCUUGGACUUCCACGGUGUAGAAAGGGAAGGUAUAAAUAAGAACUACUCGUGUGGGAUCCAUUUGUCACAGUCCGAUUGGACUGACACGGAUGAUUCAUCAAACAGCACAAAUUUGUGCGACGAAAACAGGGACCUAGUACUUAUCCAAAGAAAUGAAACGCUAAUCAGAUACGUCGCAGGCUUAGACUAUGCGCUAAAUGUCAGGAGAGUGUCCAAAAAAGUGUUAAUAGAAGAAAUUAAAGAAUUUUUUAAAGUGCAUAAUAGCAACGUUAGAUUAAGCGAAUACUCCUCCUUUUUAAGUGACGAAACUAUGAUUAUGUUAAGGAGGAGGGCCCAAAAUGAUUAUGACGAUGAUGCUGACGGUAACGAUGAUGAUGACAUUAAUCAUCAUGAUGACAAUGUCGAUGAUUAUGAUGAUGGUGAUUAUUUAAAUGUGGCGAGGAAGUAUAGACAUAAGUAUAAAAAUACAACCUUCUUUUUCUCCAUCCCUGGGAACUAUGUCUUUAUAAAAAAUUAUGAUGACCAAAGUAGGGACAUUUUUUCCACCUCCAAGUACACAAACUAUGAGAGAAGCUUAAAUGGAAUUACCCAAUACACACUGUCGAAUAAUUCGUCAAGUAUAAACGGUAACAACUGCAAUUUGUAUACGGACAAUGUACUAAGUAGAAAUAACUCUUACAACAAGUUCAGCUCACCAACAUUUGGAAGGGAAGUAGAUCGGAAGGUUUCCCCUAACUUUGGUACUAUGGGGGAAGAAAAAAAAAGUGGGCACGGUGCGUGUAACGAAUUUGAGAGCAGUUCCUAUCAACCUAAUGAAGAAACGGAUAAUGCCUGUUUGACACCCAAUUUGAAGAGUAGCCCUAGGAACAAAAACGAUAUAAAAUUGAACAAAUCGGAAAUAUUCGUUCCAGAAAAGGAGAAUAAUGUGAGCGAUUCUUCCCCUCAUAGCAGUCGCAUUUACAAAAAUCAUGACAGAAUUGGCAAUAGUGCUACCAAUAAAUCGGAGAAGCACCACACGUAUGAAAUUGACAGCGUACUGAAGAAAAAAAACAACCUACAUAGCAACACGAGCGAUUUUUAUCAAAGUAUAAGUGAUUUUUACAAAAGUAAGGAAAAUGGUAAUAACUCCUGUGAGAAGGGGAGAAACACCUGCAUGAAUAAUAGCUCCCUCUUUUUGAAUAGCAAUGAAACGAGUAUACAAACGAAUAAUAAAAGCUACCAAGAAAAUGAAAAGAACAUAAUUAACCUAUUCUUUGAUGACGAGCUGUCAAGCGCGAUAACUAUAAAUAAUGAAUCCUCCUUGAGUAAAGGAGUGGACAGCUGCAGUAGGCAUCUCCUUCAUGAUAAGGAUAUUCCAGAUGUGGAUGGGGGAAAUUCUGAGCAGAGUGAUAAGGAUGUGCCAUAUGAGGAGAACCAUCACGCUGAGAUGGAGCAAGCAGUAAAGUACGAAAGGGAUGAACGCAGGUGGAUUGAUGAGUACUGCGAAGGAGAUUACAAUAUGUUUAGGUCAAAACAGAUCAAGAAAAAAAAAGAGCUAACGCUUGGGUGGUCAAAUGGGAUACCCAGUGUCGAGGAAACGGAAAAGGGAUCCGCAGAAGAGGAACAAAAGAACGUUAAAACAGAUCGAGUUACCAUUUGCCAUAAAGGCAGCCACUUUGGAAGUAACCGCCACAGUGACCUUACCAGGGUUGACCAAAAUGGUUGUGACCACACGUAUAACGCAAUUAACCUAAGGGUCAUAUAUGAAACUAACAAGGGCGAACUGAAUUCUAAGGGGGAAAUCCAUUUUUUUCCGGGUCAGAUAAUUUUGAAUAAAUAUAAAGUGGUAAAAAUUUUGUCCAAAACUAAGUUCAGUACCACGCUUAAGUGUUUAAAUGUGCUAUACAGGAAAGGGAAAGGCAGGGGUGAUGUUCAAGGUGUAGGUAAUUGCACGCAGGAUUAUCCUAAGCAGUGUUCAGUGGGAGAUACAAGCGAUUCCCUAGGGUUCAAUACUUGUACCAUUUUAGAAAAUUCGACGGGGGAAAGGACUCCACGUAAAAAACUCCAGGAGGGACAAGAAAAAUGCAUUUCCAAUAACGAACCCCCUUUCGGAGCCAAAACAGCGAGGGGUAGGAAUUACAAGUACGUCUGCUUAAAGGUAAUGAAAAAUGGAAAGAGCUUCCUAGACCAAGGAUUGUUCGAGGUGAUCGUUCUAAACAUGUUAUCGAAUGAAAGUAGCGAUUCCCAAAAAAAUCGAAACGGAAACACGCACACAAAUAAGAACAUUAUACAACUGUAUGAUUACUUCUACUUCAAAGAACAUCUAAUCAUAGCGACGGAAUACAUGCAGAGCGAUUUGUACAAUUAUUUUAUUAAGAAGGGUAAGAUAGGUACUCUAGGGCAGCUACAAAUAUUGGCCAAGAACUUGCUGGAAGGCUUGGCGUUUAUCCAUUCGAAAAAUUUAAUACACUGCGAUUUGAAACCUGAAAAUAUUAUGAUAAACAUGAAAACGGGGAAGAAGAAACUAAAAGGAGUAGACAAAGGGGGGCGCUUAGAAAAAGGUUCCGACUUAGGUUUAGUAACGUUGGGUAGUACACAUAGGAGCAAUUCGUCUCUGCACAACGACGUGCGUGUCGCGGAAAAGGAGAAGUUCUGUUUUGCAGCUAGUUUGAAGGAUAAACCAAGUAGUAGUAGUAGUGACAGUCGUAGUAACAGUAGUCGUAACGGUAGUAGUACCAACAAGGCCGUCGCUAAAAGAGACAUUUUUAGCAGCGAAAAAUUUGAGAAAAUAAAAAUAAUAGAUUUUAACAGCUCUAUAUACGAAAGCGACAAGCUAGAAAUGUACCUUCAAACGAGAUCGUAUAGAUCCCCAGAAGUUUUACUACAACAAAAUUACGACAAAAAAAUUGAUAUAUGGAGCUUAGGGUGCAUAUUAUUUGAAUUUUUAACGAAGAAAAUUUUAUUUGAUCAUCAAAAUAUAUAUCGAUUUAUAUACUCCAUAGCGUCCUACAUCGGACCCUUUCCAUUUUAUAUGAUAAAGGGUUGUCGCAUACCAUACCUUUUCACAAAGCACGGAUUAAUAAUUUUGAGAAAAAUAAGUUUUGACAACAGUUACGAGAACAGCAUUAAGGAAGAACCACUUGAUGAGGUGGAUGACGAAUCGGUCAUCUUUAACUCAAAAGACUUCUUCCGCUUAAAUAAGAAGGAAAGCAACACAAAUGAUUUAUUAAAAGGUACACACGCAAAUCGGGGUUCGCAGUUCGCGUCAAAACAGCGUAAAGAAAUUUAUUAUGAUGUUUGCUACCCAAGUGACAAUCUGCUAAAGAGUAAUUUUCAAAUUGAAGAUACUUUGUUUUUAGAUUUUCUCUUGUCACUGCUGCAAAUCGACCCGUGUAAACGGCCCAAUUCGGAUGAGGCGUUGAAACAUCCUUGGCUCAAGCCAAACAUUUACCAUGACGGGUUAUGA